GAUUAAAAAAAAUGAAAAUUACCUAUUUACCGAAGAAAUGUCGCUUAAUUAGGAAGAUGAAGAGACGUCGCUUAUGGGACAAGCGUCAUCCAUGGAAAUCUCCUCUUCUCUCUCAUCUCUAUCUCUCUCCCAACUUCGUGAAAUCAGUUGGUUUCUCUUACCUCACUGACCGUCGUCACUAACGGAAGCAGCUUCGAUCCUCAUCUCGAUCCAUAUCCACUCGAGGAGAUUUCUCUUCCCACCGUGAUGUCGAAAGCUCGUUUCUACACCGACGUGAACGUGAUCCGUCCCAAAGACUAUUGGGAUUACGAGUCUCUUAAUGUUGAGUGGGGGGAGAGUGAUACGUCAGCGUUGGAAGCUAGGAACGGUAAAGACAUCCAAGGGAUCCCUUGGGAGAAGCUUAAUUACAGCCGAGAUCAAUACCGUCACUAGAGAUUGCAACAGUAUAAGAACUUUGAGAGCCUCUUUAGAUCCAGACAAGACCUUGACAAGGCUGCUUACUUUAACGACUCACAGAGGACAGCUACUAAAGAUGCUGGUCGUGAAAAGAGUAGUUCGAACUAUAUUGUUGGAUCCUUCUUGCUCUGGCUCUGGAACCAUUAUAGAUCGUCUGGACCAUCUCCUUCCUUCUCAUUCAGCAGCAGGUCCAGAUUUCUAUUCCCGGAGAAAAUUAUUUAUUAAACAAUUGUGCAGGCUACGGAGGAAAAGCUUACAAUGCCAUCUUCAACACUUUUUGAAGGGGUAAUCCACUCGAUCAUGGUCUGACGGGGCUACGGAGGAAAAGCUUACAAUGUCAUCUUCAACAUGGUGCAAGUAAACUCAGUUAGACGUGGAUCUUCAUAGUGCAGCUUUGGUGAUGCAGUUAGAUAUAUAUUCUCAUAAGGCAAGUAGUAUUGUCGGUUGUCGAAUCAUCUUUGUAAUCUUACUCAUAAUUGUAAUAUCCUAAUAAAUCAAAGUUAAAAAAAAAAUCAAUAGAAGAAAACACAUAUUGACAACUU